AUGUCCAAAUGUAGCGAUGACAUCCCUCCAGCUUUAUUCUCUGUGACGUCCAAAAGUAGUGAUGACGUCCCUCCUGCUUUAUUCUCUGUGAUGUCCAAAAGUAGUGAUGACGUCCCUCCAGUUUUAUUUUAUGUCACGUCUGACUGUAGAGAUGAAGCCCUCCAAGCUUCAGUCCGUUUUGUAGCUGACUUGAGUGUUGGCGUCCCUCAGUCUCCAGUCCACGAAACAUUAGACUGUAGAGUCAAUGUCCCCCAAGCUACAACCUGUGCAGCACCUGACUGUAGUGGUUAUGCUCCCCAAACUCAUUCAAGCCAGCUACAGGAUAAUGAAACAACAAUUAUUGACAUCAAUUCACACCGUUAUGAAAUUGGCAGUCAGCUGGGUGAAGGAGGCUUUGGAACCGUUUAUGCAGCGACUCGUUUGGAUGAUGGCCUACAGGUGGCGAUAAAAUUUGCAUCCAACAGGAACACAAAGUUCAUCAGCAUUGACGGUUGUUCCAAGCCCCUUCCAUUGGAGGUCGCUUUGCAAAUUCUUGCAAAUAAAAGCCCCAGGGUUGAGGAAAUCAUCCAGCUCCUGGACUGGCAGGUGGAUCCUGACUAUUACUUUAUGGUCCUAGAGCGGCCCAUGCCCUGUCAGUCCUUGUAUGAAUAUUUAAAGUGCUACAAGGGCACCAUGGAAGAGGACGUGGCACGAGUUAUAAUGCACCAGGCAAUAUUCGCAGCUCGAAUGUGCUGCCUUCGUGGAGUGUUGCACCGGGAUAUUAAGCUGGAAAACCUUCUGAUUAACCCGGACACACUCAAAGUCAAAUUGAUUGACUUUGGCUGUGGUGCAAUCCUCACCGACGUGGGUUACACGUCCUUUGCUGGCUCAAGAGAGUACUGCCCUCCCGAGUAUCACAUGACCGGCAAGUACCACGGGGAACCAGGGACAGUGUGGUCACUCGGGAUCCUCUUGUUUGUGAUACUGUUUUGUAAAUUUCCGAAGAGACGACACCUGCACAAGAUUAAUGCUAAAAACUGGACCAAAGCUGGCUUGUCGAAAGAAUGCUGCGAUUUAAUUCGCCGUUGUCUACAGAUUGACCCAAAACAGCGGAUUGAACUGGGGAAACUCAGUCUCCACGACUGGUUUAUGACUGCAGACAAGGAGAAUAACAACGGCACAAUAAUGGGUGAGUUUGGUACCAUAAACCUACCAUACAACACACACACACACACACACACACACACACACCGGGACAUAAAGCUGGAAAACCUUCUGAUUAACCCGGACACACUCGAAGUCAAAUUAACUGACUUUGGGUGUGGUGAAUUCCUCAACGGUGUGGGUUACACGUCCUUUGCUGGCACAAGAGAGUACUGCCCUCCUGAGUAUUACAUGACCGGCAAGUACCACGGGGAACCAGCGACAGUGUGGUCACUCGGGAUCCUCUUGUUUGUAAUGCUAAUGCAGCGAUUUUAUUCACUGCUGUCUGCAAAUCAAUCCGAAAGAGCGGAUUGAACUGGAGAAACUUAGUCUCCACGACUGGUUUAUGAUUGCAGACAAGAAGAAAUGAGGGGGAGCAAAAGAAAAUAGUGUAAGUAAU